CUCCGCGCCCACCCACUCACUCGCACACCUACUCACUCACUCACCCGCUUACCCACUCACUCACUCAUUCACUCAGACUCACAACACUCACAAACUUACAACACAGCAAUGUGGGUCUAUCUCCUCCCAAUGACUUCUCUCACGUGAUAAGAAUCAUGUGAUGCUGCCUUCACCAUACGGACUUCUGGUUGGUCCGGAACAAACCCUGGUCUUCCGCAUCCUGAUCCUCUUUUCUUUCCUCGACCUGGCCCUCUCAACCAAUCGUUUUAUAGCAUCACGAACAGGACGGAUGUCACUCCGCUGCUAUUCGAGCCUCUGGCCAGUAAAAGAGUAGGGCCUACGUCACAAAUACGAACAAACACCAUCCUUGUGCUGGAGUAAAUAAAUGAGCGCAUCUCAGUUGUAACGUCUGACCUUUUUUGUUUACUAUAACCCGUCUAUAGAAGAACAGGCGAGGGUCCGUAUUCACAAACGAAACGAUUCUUCCUGAACCCCAAGACUAGCGAACAAUGCUCCUUACGUGAGUAUCGUACCCAGCCUAUCGUCGCCUGCAUGACCGACCACCACUGUUACCGGGAGAUUCGUCCCGUGUUCGAGCUCAGCUCCGGUGAUGAUAGUGUAUCCAGCCUCGGCAAGGGCCGAAAGAGACCCGUCGAUGAGGUGCUGGGCCACUCUCAGCGCUCAUCGGCUUCGAAGCCGACGCCCAAGAGACGCAACGCGCUGGUCGCCUGCGAAAGCUGUAAGAAGCGGAAGACCAAGUGUUCCGCCGGCCGACCCAGUUGCUCCAGCUGUGCAAACAGAGGCAUCGAGUGUCGGUAUACCGCCGACCCAUCCGAAUCGCGCGCUGCGUCAAUGAAGAGAAGACACGACGAAAUGGCCAGCCGUAACACCUCCUUGCACGAAUUCUUCUCGGCGAUGCGAUCCAUGCCGGAGGAGCACGCAUACGAAAUCUUCAGCAGAAUCCGGUCGGGAGUAUCGGCCGAGGACAUCAUACAUGAAAUCGAGGUGGGAUAUCUGCUGGUGAAGUUGUCUGCAUCAACAAAUCCGGAGGCGCCUCGGUUGGAGCCACAAGUGGCCGAGGUCGGGGUCGAAGUCGAGAGCCCGCCGCCCAAGGCAAAUACGUUCGACAUGAGUUGGGCAUACCCCCCCUGGGCUCAUCGACGACCCAUGCGUGUUACGUAGCGAACUGUAUUAUUUUUCCAGCUUGGACAUUUUGACAAAGGUGGCCGGUUAGGUAUCGGACUCAUUAUGGAGCAGCAGCAGCCCUCCAUGUGAAUGGUCUAGGACGCGGACGAGCACAGGAGGACAGACACCGUUCGUCCUUUAUACGUCUUCAUGUCUCAAACUCGCACCCUACGAGUCAAACCAGGUUAAGCCCCCGGGCCGAACGGGAGAUCAGCGUCGUUCGGCGCUGGGCAUAACAUGUUUCUCCGGGAAAUUCUCCGGGGCCUUGCCGUUACUGGCCCAUUGCCGAUGACGACUGAUCGCGUCAUUGCAUCAACCCCAGAUUUCAUUCGACGAACUGCCGUAUAGGCUUGUCGGGUGGUUGCGAGCCAAUAUAACGAGAAUCGAUGGAGUUGCCCAACGUGGACGUGGCUCCGCGAACUCGGAGUUUAUCGCCACCAUGGUCGGUGAAUUGAGGCUCUCGUUGUAGACACCGUAGAGGCCAUGUUGAAGCCGUUGAAGAAAGUCGAAUAGAUAUUUAAGAGAACGAGAGGUUUGCUUUUCC